CGGCACGCAACUUUAUGCAUACUCUCUGAAAUCGGGGUCCUCGAAAAUAGUAAGCCUAUACAAAAUUAAGAUAUGAGCACAUGUAAUAAUUUUGUAACAGACUACUAGCGGGCCCUGUGGUUAGAUAGUACUCUAUAAUUUGGGUAAUUAUACCUCUGUCUGUCAUUGGAGCCGGUCAUGCUGUAAACAGUGGUCAGUAUUGUGGUCCAAACAUUGGUCAGAAACCACGUACCCACUGAUGUGCCGAAGACGCCAGACGAUUUUGAGAGGGAAAGAGGACAUACUGGGGAGCCGUUGCUGUAAGAUAAGACAGCAAAGAUGCACUUCACUCUAGUUGCCCUUUGCAUCAGCAUACUGCUGCAUGGUGAAACAGGCAGCGUCCCGUCCAGCAGAAAGACCAAACCUGCGUCGACACCAUUAGUGCAGCCUUUGGCAGGACCCACUGUGGAAACUUCCUUUGAAGUUGGUACCCCUUUUCUAACGCUUUCAAACAACUCCGUAUGUCCACGCACGCUCCGGCCAAAAGGACAGUUCGUUGUUACUUUGGCUCCUUCUGAGGCCCCAGAGAGUUCUGAGGACACCCAUUAUUCCUCUGAAUCCGUCCUCAACGCAAAAUGGAUCCACAAAAUGAACCACAAUUUAACUUGCACACAAAAACAGACACCAACUCGAGGAAUACCCAGAACGGAUUCGGACAAAAGAGGUUCGCUCAUGGAAAAUGUGGGUGCCAACCAACUUCUCACACUGUCAGAUCUCUUCAAAGAAGACGCACCACGUGACGCUGUGUUUAUCACGGAGGUGCCAAGAAACGGCGCUUCGUUUUUCACAAACACCAAGUACGUGGCACACUGCAAUCUGAGCAAAAACAACAACAAUAUGGCGGUCAUACGCGUGGUGAACCCCCACCGCAUCUUGCCGCUCGUCGGUGGAGACCUCAAUGUUUUCUCUUCGGUGGAACCGCCAGAUGGUCUCGUUGAACACUGGGUCAAGCGACUGGGCACCAAAGCCAGGCCCAGUUUCGUCCGCCUUGACAACAUAACACAGAGCGCCACCUUUCUGACGCCGUAUCCCAUUGAGCAGUUACCUGCCGACCAACACCAUGUGGAUCCAGACUUGCACUAUAGAGCUCUUAGCAAACAGUUCAUAACAGAAGUCGAUGCCACUCAACCAAAGGUUUUGUUAAACCCGGUCAUCCCUUGCGUAAUCAAGCUGACCCACGGAAUGGGAGGAACAGGGGUCUUUCUGGUGACCACUGGUGAUGACUUACAACUAACUCAGCAGAAAAUUCUCCAGUCUCACCCAUCCUCGGAUACCAUCGUCACGGAAAUGGUGACAGACCUGAAAUCGCCGGAAUACAGCGCCCAUUUCUACGUCAACAAAGCCGGCGUUGUCACGUGGUGGGAGGCAGUAGAACUGAUUCAAGAUAGCGAGAACAAAACUAUCGGAACAAUGUGGAUGAAGAACAACACCGGUCUGAGAGCCAUUAUGGAACCGUUCGUCCUUGCAGUGGCGAACUCGCUCCAUCGUGUCGGGUACUAUGGUCCCGCGGGCUGUGACGUCUUGCACGACGGGUCACGUGGCUACCUCGUGGACAUCAACCCCCGAGUGACCUGCUCUAUGCCGCUGUGCCUGAUGGCUAGAGAGAUGAGUGACCGUGGGUGGUCAGUUGGUGUGAUGACCCGCUUGCGCUAUGCGCAGGGAUCCGUAAAUGACGUCAUAGCACGUGCAGAACGCGUCACGGACGCCGAGGUGGUGGUUCUGAGUGCUAGUGAGGUAACCAGUGACAUAACUGCGACGUAUGUGGCGGUGUUCGCAGACAGUCGAGAAAUGUGUGAAACAGGCAGCGUCCCGUCCAGCAGAAAGACCAAACCUGCGUCGACACCAUUAGUGCAGCCUUUGGCAGGACCCACUGUGGAAACUUCCUUUGAAGUUGGUACCCCUUUUCUAACGCUUUCAAACAACUCCGUAUGUCCACGCACGCUCCGGCCAAAAGGACAGUUCGUUGUUACUUUGGCUCCUUCUGAGGCCCCAGAGAGUUCUGAGGACACCCAUUAUUCCUCUGAAUCCGUCCUCAACGCAAAAUGGAUCCACAAAAUGAACCACAAUUUAACUUGCACACAAAAACAGACACCAACUCGAGGAAUACCCAGAACGGAUUCGGACAAAAGAGGUUCGCUCAUGGAAAAUGUGGGUGCCAACCAACUUCUCACACUGUCAGAUCUCUUCAAAGAAGACGCACCACGUGACGCUGUGUUUAUCACGGAGGUGCCAAGAAACGGCGCUUCGUUUUUCACAAACACCAAGUACGUGGCACACUGCAAUCUGAGCAAAAACAACAACAAUAUGGCGGUCAUACGCGUGGUGAACCCCCACCGCAUCUUGCCGCUCGUCGGUGGAGACCUCAAUGUUUUCUCUUCGGUGGAACCGCCAGAUGGUCUCGUUGAACACUGGGUCAAGCGACUGGGCACCAAAGCCAGGCCCAGUUUCGUCCGCCUUGACAACAUAACACAGAGCGCCACCUUUCUGACGCCGUAUCCCAUUGAGCAGUUACCUGCCGACCAACACCAUGUGGAUCCAGACUUGCACUAUAGAGCUCUUAGCAAACGGUUCAUAACAGAAGUCGAUGCCACUCAACCAAAGGUUUUGUUAAACCCGGUCAUCCCUUGCGUAAUCAAGCUGACCCACGGAAUGGGAGGAACAGGGGUCUUUCUGGUGACCACUGGUGAUGACUUACAACUAACUCAGCAGAAAAUUCUCCAGUCUCACCCAUCCUCGGAUACCAUCGUCACGGAAAUGGUGACAGACCUGAAAUCGCCGGAAUACAGCGCCCAUUUCUACGUCAACAAAGCCGGCGUUGUCACGUGGUGGGAGGCAGUAGAACUGAUUCAAGAUAGCGAGAACAAAACUAUUGGAACAAUGUGGAUGAAGAACAACACCGGUCUGAGAGCCAUUAUGGAACCGUUCGUCCUUGCAGUGGCGAACUCGCUCCAUCGUGUCGGGUACUAUGGUCCCGCGGGCUGUGACGUCUUGCACGACGGGUCACGUGGCUACCUCGUGGACAUCAACCCCCGAGUGACCUGCUCUAUGCCGCUGUGCCUGAUGGCUAGAGAGAUGAGUGACCGUGGGUGGUCAGUUGGUGUGAUGACCCGCUUGCGCUAUGCGCAGGGAUCCGUAAAUGACGUCAUAGCACGUGCAGAACGCGUCACGGACGCCGAGGUGGUGGUUCUGAGUGCUAGUGAGGUAACCAGUGACAUAACUGCGACGUAUGUGGCGGUGUUCGCAGACAGUCGAGAAAUGUGUGAGCACGUGCUUCAAAAUCGUAUGAAUUUUCUGUGCAAAUACAAAUGACUGAAAUGUAAUCCAAACAAGUAGAAUGCUCAGUAUUAUCAUUAAUUUUCAAUUUGAAUGUUUUGGCAAAUUUUCAGCAAAUAUGACUGUGAUCUGUUUGCCUGUGGCAUUUAGUUAUUAGUCAGUUCGUUGUAAUAGCCCUUCUAAUAUUUAUAAUCACUAGCGUUGUGUGUGUGUUUGUGUGUGUGUGUUAUUUUAUUUCUGCAAAUGUUUUAAUUUGCCUUCGGUUUUUGUUGUCAUAUUGUCCAAUGUGCAUUUGUAGGCCCCUACUUCCCUUAUAAAACACUAUGAAAAUAUUUUUU